CACGUGGGCGCCGCUGCAUCUAGACAGGAGGACUCGGGAACAGCCGCGGUGUUAGCAGAUUGCAGGAGGGUAGUGGAAAGAGAGAGCUAUCGACGGACAAGAUGGGAGUUGAGAUUGAGACAAUAACCCCGGGCGACGGAAGGACUUUCCCCAAAAAAGGACAGACGUGUGUGGUGCAUUAUGUCGGCUCCCUGACAGAUGGCCGCAAAUUUGACUCUUCACGGGACAGAGACAAGCCAUUUAAGUUUAAAAUAGGAAAACAGGAAGUGAUCCGUGGUUGGGAGGAAGGUGUUGUGCAGAUGAGUGUGGGCCAGAGGGCCAAGCUGACCUGCUCGCCCGACUACGCCUACGGGAACAAGGGCCACCCUGGCAUCAUCCCACCUAAUGCUACUCUCAUCUUCGAUGUGGAGCUACUGAGCCUCGAAUGAAGCAUCCCCACUGCCUUUUUUGUUGUUGCCUCCUAUCUUGGAAACGCUAGGAGAGUAUGCACUUCAUUUUAUGAGGCUUGAGUCUGUAGUUCCACUUUGGUCACUAUCUUACCCAUAUAGAAAAAUCUGUGUAUUUGUGACUUGUUUUAUUUUCCACCACAUCCUUCCUUAAAAAUGUGUGGGCCAUAACCUUACAAACCUCAUGAAGUUCUUAAUCUUGAAUUUUAAAUUGUGCUUUAUUUGCUUUGUUUUGUGUAGAAUUUAUAAGUUGUGCAUGAUCAAGCAUAUAUACAGACAUACCAAUGAAACAUUAACAGCAACAGCAAGACACAUAGAUGUGAACUGAGGUACACAUUUUGUGAAACCUUUGGUGUUUUUAAGAGACCAAGCAUGAACUCAAUUGGGGAAAAAUACAGAAAAUAAGCACAUUGCAAUUUUUCACACCUCCCUAUAGUAAACUAGGAAAAUUCACAGCUUUAGGCUCUGAAGAUCGUGCAUUUAAAGUAUUUAGUAGUGUAGCUAAAAUAGCUUUUGUACCCUUAAUGGUACAAAACAGGAACCUUUCAAAUGCAUUAAAAGGUGGUCCUUGUAUCCCAAGAGCAUGUUCACUUUGCCUCAAACACAAGUGAAUUACCCCCUUGUCCUCCCUUUUUGGGGAAUCUAGUUUUGAAUGUGGAAUGUGUAGUCAGGAUUCUGUACACAGGAAGUAGUGAAAUCGACGUACCUCCUAGAUCUGUGUGCCUCCACCACAUCAGGUCAGCAUGUCAUGUAGGAAACCAGGAAUCUUUAUAAUUGUAUGGAUUUAAAUUUGAUCAAUAUUAUUUUUCCUUCUUUCAAGUCAACUUUUCACAAAGCCAUAAACCUGUAAACCGUGCAGAGGAUGCGUACCGUACAUGCACAUUAAUUCAAGUAGUGAUGUGUUUUUAAAUGCCUGAAGAAUAAUGAAAAACAGGGGCUGAGGAACUUGUGAAAUCUUAACCUCCCCCUCCUUAUUUUGUUUAAACAACUUGCCAUUAAAUAUAUUUUUCAGAUGCCAACUUUCUAUCUAAAAAAAAAAUGCUUAUUCUAUAAUGAAAUAUUUUACUUUUGCAAGCUGUCAACAUCACAAGUAAUAUGGGGCACACUGCCUAAAUACUCCCAGUGUGAUGUUGGGGGAUGGCAGAUACAUCCUUUUGUAUUAAAUUGAAAUGGUGUGCUCAUAAUUAUAAAUCUGAAUAGAGUAAGUUAUGAGAUGCUGGUCAUCACUGCUCUCGAUGUUAGUUGUCCAGUGUGGCAUGAACGGUCCUUUACUGCACUGUGUAUCUAUGUGCCGAGUUAAAUACGCAGGCAAAACCAAUGAUGAAAUCAAAAUGUGCUGUUGCAAUAAAGUGCUUUCUACCAGCUUUGGGAA